CAAGACAACGAAAAGCACAAAGCACUGACAGCGAGCAAUUUGUUCGUUGCGCGCUAUUUUCUUUGUGUAAAAAGUGGAGCUAGAAAACUUAGGUUUUCCGAAAGGAAGUAUUUUUGAAUUGUGUCGCAUAUGAGUAAAUCUAAAGUUUCAGCAGAAUGGAAGAAGAGAGUGAAAUCGGAGUACAUGAGGCUCCGGCAACUGAAGCGUUUCAAACGUGCAGACGAAGUAAAGGUAGCAUGGGCUCGGAAUUUGGGGAUUAUGUCAGAGGCUAUCGAAAGCCGGGAGACUGAGACUGGCGCUGGAGAGAGAGGACGCAGGCCGUUCUGGCCGCCACCGGCGCCGGCUCCCAAUCAUGAGAGCUUGAUGAAACGCGCCGAGGUUUCCUACACUGAUUCAUCAGGAGUAGUUACCACACAACAAGUGCCAAUUCGCAUAAUCAACUCCGUGAACCCCAUCCCGACCAUGUACACAUGGGCACCAACCCAGAAGAACUUCAUGGUGGAGGAUGAGACGGUGCUCCAUAACAUCCCAUACAUGGGGGACGAGGUGCUGGACCAGGACGGUACAUUCAUCGAGGAGCUCAUAAAGAACUACGACGGGAAAGUGCAUGGGGACAAGGAGGGCGGGUUCAUAGACGACCAGCUGUUCGUGGACCUCGUGCACGCGCUCAUGGCCUUCCAGACCAAGGACGAGGUCGCGGACGAGAGGCACUCCCGGGACGAGAGAGACAAAGACAAGGACACGAGCAAGGAGCAGAGUGAGUCAGACAAGGACGGCAAGUCGUUGCGUCCCGCCUCGGAGAAGCAGUUCCCGGUGUUCACGAUCUUCCAGGCCAUCAGCUGUCAGUUCCCGGACAAGGGCACGCCCUCGGAACUGCGGGAGAAAUACGUGGAGCUGACGUCGCUGCGGGACCCGCUGGCGCUGCCGCCCGAGUGCACGCCCAACAUCGACGGGCCGCUGGCGGAGUCCGUCUCCCGCGAACAGACCAUGCACUCCUUCCACACGCUCUUCUGCCGCCGCUGCUUCAAGUACGACUGCUUCCUGCACCGUCUGCAGGCUUGCCACCCCGGGCCCAACCUGACCAGGCGCAAGGGCCCCGACCUCAAGCCCUUCUCCGAGCCUUGCGGCCCCAGCUGCUACAUGUUGUUGGAAGGGAUGCGUGAGAAGCUAGCCCUGGAGAAGGCGGCCGGGGAAGAAGCCGGGAAGGGCAGCAAGGCUAUAGAUUCUCCCAACGACGCGUCCUCAGAGGAUAGCAAUGACAGCAACCGCUUCCAGAAAGGCAGCAACAGUAACUCUUCGAACAGCAACUGGAGCGCCAGCCUCAAGCCGCCCGGAGACUCCGCAGACGCCGCGUACAACGCUUUAGGUCUGACGGUGGGAGACAUAGACGCGGAGUGGACGGGCUCCGACCAAUCACUGUUUAGAGCUCUGCACAAGGUGUUCUUCUCCAACUACUGCGCUAUCGCUCAAGUGAUGCUGUCCAAAACUUGUCAGCAGGUGUACACGUACUGGAUCAACACGGGACAGGAGGAGUGCCGCGUGGAGGCGGAGCUGACGCCGCCGCGGAAGAAGAAGAAGAAGCACCGUCUGUGGUCCGUGCACUGCCGCAAGAUACAGCUCAAGAAGGACUCCGCCUCGCAUCACGUCUACAACUACACGCCGUGUGAGCAUCCCAACCAGCCCUGCGACAGUCUGUGCCCGUGUCUGCAGUCGCAGAACUUCUGCGAGAAGUUCUGUCAGUGCAGCAGCGACUGUCAAAAUCGUUUCCCCGGGUGUCGCUGCAAGGCGCAGUGCAACACGAAGCAGUGUCCCUGUUACCUGGGCGUGCGGGAGUGUGACCCCGACCUCUGCACCGCGUGCGGCGCGGACAUAGCCGCUCCACACCUUGUUUGCUGCAAGAAUGUCUCCGUUCAGAGAGGGCUGCACAAGCACCUGCUGCUGGCGCCGAGCGACGUCGCGGGCUGGGGCAUCUUCCUGAAGGAGGCCGCCAACAAGAACGAGUUCAUCUCCGAGUACUGCGGGGAGAUCAUCUCCCAGGACGAGGCCGACCGCCGCGGGAAGGUCUACGACAAGUACAUGUGCAGCUUCCUCUUCAACCUCAACAACGAUUUCGUGGUGGACGCGACGCGCAAGGGCAACAAGAUCCGAUUCGCGAACCACAGCAUCAACCCCAACUGUUACGCCAAGGUGAUGAUGGUCAACGGCGACCACCGCAUCGGCAUCUUCGCCAAGAGGGCCAUCCAGCCCGGAGAGGAACUCUUCUUCGAUUACAGAUAUGGACCAACGGAACAGCUGAAAUUUGUUGGCAUCGAGCGGGAGAUGGAAUUCUUAUGAGAGCAACCCAAACUGUGAAUCGGUCCGGAAGAGGCUGAUACUUUACCGACUUUGAAACGAGAGUAACUGGCUUCUGGAUACGGUUUUUUUUAAUAAGAGUUAAGGUAAUUAUCUGCCCGGCAUUGGGCAAAUUAGUUUUUGAAAUUCUUUAAAAAAAUUGCAAGGAACUAUAUCAUCACAAGUACUAAUAGGCCACGUUGUUGUUGACUCUAGUACAACUAAACAUUACUGUUAGUGUUAGCUAAAGAAAUUUAGAAGAACCACAUGCUGUGAUGGCGCACUUUUUUAUUUUUCCUAGCAUUUAUUACUUAGAUUUUUAAACUAGUAGCUGUGAAAUACAGUCGAAUACUAUAUUUUAUUUAGUGCCUAAAGUAAGUGGGCCUGUAUUCUACUUAUGCAAUUGACACCAUUACAUAUUUAAGUAUGGAAAUUAAGAUUUGGCUUUCUUGAACACAAUAUAUAUUUUAUAAAAAUAAUAUGAGUAGAUAAGUCCUUAAAGGUGCUGUAAUAUAUAAUAAAAGUGCUAAUUUACAAGGAAUGGAAAGAUAAAUAUCUACAUAUGUGAAAAUAAAAGUUAGCAAGUUGACAUUAAACCAUAUGUUAAUGUUAAUAUUUGUCAUGAUUGUUGUGUAAGUUAUAAGUCAUUAUGACGCAUUCAUGGUAAGAUAAUGUCACAUAAUGUUGUGUAUACUACUUAAUAAUCUUGAGUAAAUAUAAAAGUUGUAUUUGAAUGAUAGACUGAAUUGUUUGAGUGAUGGAUUCAUUUUUGUAUGUUUCAAUUUGACUUGUAUUUUUCAAUGAAUUUUUGAAUAAAAUGUUGUACUCCACAAAA